UUUUGUCUCUCGUGGUGGUACAAGUGCGGCUAUUUCUGCACCAGCCUCAGCCGUUCCUCUUCGUGCACAUGAACGAUAUAGCCGAGAUCCAGUGCUCUUCCCAAAAUAAAUUUUUAGGAGGCGGCGUUACAGUUCAGUGGUACAGGAGGCGAGACGCCGGGGCACCCAUGUUAAUUAAGAGAUGCGCAGAUAAGCAAAAUGUAAGUAAAGCUGCUUGUAUAGCUGAAGGAGACACUGUGACACUGAAAAUCUACAAUGUCCAAAGGGAUGACUCCGGGGUUUAUUACUGCGCCGAUUCGUACGUCAGCUUCUUGGAGUUUGGCAACGGAUCCACCCUGGUUGUUGGAGACAGCUACACCUCCAACACUUGGGUGCUGUCUCUGGCUCCAUCUCCCAGCAGCCUCCUCGCCAACGGGACGGCUCAUCUGGCCUGCAUGGUCCUCGGAGUCUCCAACCUCGUCCAAAUCUCCUGGAAUAUUUCUGGGGAGCUGCAGGAGCCAAGGGUCCCAUGGACACUGAAAGCAAAGGACGGCUCCUUCGUGUUCAUAAAUCUCAUCAGCGUCCCCGUGGACACCUGGGCCAGCGGGAAGAUUUUCACCUGUGACGUCAAAUUCAACUCCUCUGGCAGGAGCGUGAAGAGAAUUGCCAGGUACCCGGAAGCCCCGGCCAGGCAGUGCUCACAUCACACCGUGCCCCUGGCAGCUGCAGCUGGGCUGCUGCUGCUGUCGGUGUCCCUGAGCCUCGUCUGGACCCUCUGCCCUUCCAGGCUAGGAUGCCAGCCCCGCAUCUCAGCACCUCCAGCUUCCCGGGAGCACCAGAGUGGAAUCGUCUACGCUCAUCUGGAUUUCGAUUCGCGGAAUCGCAGCGGGCGCACGCUGCCACGAUCGGCCAGAGGGAAACGUGCAAAACCCUGAACUAUCCAGUGCAAGAGAAUCCGCACGUGGGAACUGACAGCUGGGUCUCUGCUGACUGGACGUAGCCGCUGGCAGAAGGCUCUGUCUGCCUCCCUUUCCUUGCUUUUUCUCCUCUUCUCUGGUUAGAAUAUGCAGAGCCCAGCCUCACCAGGUGGGAAAUCUCCAUUGGGGAUAUUAAGGCUUCCUGGUGUUGGUCAUUUACACGUCAUGUGUGUGUUAGACUGGAAGCUCUUUGGGGCAGGGACUGUCUCUUUGUCUGUGUUUGUGCAGCGCCUGGCGCCACGGGGCCUGGACCAUAACUGGGGCUGCUGGGUGCUAUGGCAACACAAUCAUUGUCGUCAUCACCCUCCUUCCCCCAUCUGCAGGGGGACCUGGACACAGCUGAACCCCUGCAGCUGCAUGUGACUGCCACAGCUCUCAGCUCCCCUGCAGUCGUGGACUUGCUUUUUCAGUAACGCCCCAUGGACGUGCCGGGGGAGUCUGCAGGGGAAGGGCGGAUGCGGGAGCAGCUGGGAGGGGCAAGAACCUCUCCCCAGACCGGUGCUGGAGCUGCUUCUGCCAUGCAGCCUCUGCAGGCAGCUGCUUUCCCCCCAGGGCGAGAUCCACAGGGUUCAAGUGCCGGCCCCUGUGCGCCAUCUAACAACAACAACCCGUCACCCACGGCUGGAGCUCUCCCAGUGCCCGAAUCUCCCCGCGCUGCCUGUUUACAUCCCAAUUUGGUGUUCUUCGAGCUGUCACUGUGUCCCUCAUUAAAAACAG